UAAAAGCGAAACAGUCGGAUGCGUUUGAAAGGAAAAACUCGGAAACUUUCUUUGCCGGCAUUACCGUCGUCAUAUCCGUUAAAUCGGCGGUGGCGGAGGCGGUGCAUGUUAUUACAGCUUAAAUGAUGGUUAUAGUAUUAUAUAUUAUUAUUAUAUCUGUGGCAACACGGUAAUAAUAUUAUAAUAUCGGUAUGACGUAUCGUACUUACGCGAAUCGCUGGCUUACUGCCCACUACACAACGGUGUGUAGUCGCGGCCGUAGUCGUAUAACGCUAACAGACAUCUCUGCAUCGUCCGUCGUUCGGUAUUGAAGUAAUGACAAUAAUAUACAGCCCGAAGCUAGAAAUUACGUCCAAAUGAUCAUUACACCCACAUAAUAUUAUAGUACCGUCGGUAUAUUUUUAUUAGUAAAACAUACCACCCACUAGUUAAUAUUUUUGUACUUUUAUUGAAAUCGGAUAACCCUUUCAAACAUCGUCGGCCGCGAUGUUCGUAUUCAGCGUUCACCUUGUCCUGCUAAUGAUUUUUGUCAACUGCACACAAUGUGUCCUGUUCUCCGACAGACAGACCUCCGGCUCGGAUGUCGAAGGCGGUCGCGUUGGAGUCAACGUCGACGAUGACGACGGAAGUAGCGAAAACAACGACCAACACCACACUCCGAUGGUCAGCACGGCGAUUAAAAGUUGCCUUGCGGGAGCCGAUCCGUUCUUGCCUUGUAUCAACGAGCACGCCAUGGCCGUUAUCGAGCAGACGGAAAACAUGGACUCGGUGCUCCUGGAUUCGGGGCUGGAGAUUUCCAGACGUCCGGACGUAGAAGCGUUCGCCGCUCCCCGAGGAGUUUAUUCGUUGGGCGAUAACCCAUACAACGUCGGUGCAGUCAUCGAAGCUGCGUCCUCAUUGCUUUCCAGGCGAACGUUUUGUUGGGACUUGAGUCUCUUAUAUCCAGGACUGCAGAUGCGAAUCGGCCCAACGUUUACCGGUAGAGGAAUAAUCGAUUUUAUUAUGGACCCCAGACGUAAAUCUGAUGAACGAAGUUUGGGUUUCGGACACAUGAUAUUCAAAAGAUCAUUGUUGCCGAACGUGUUGGCUACGCAAAUAAGUAUCGCUUCCGUGAUUCCGAUCAUGUUUGCAGCGAUAUAUUUUCUGACUAAAAAAGCUUUUAUUUUGUCAAAGAUUGCAUUAGUCGUCACCAGUGUGGUGGGCUACGGUUCAUUGUUUCUACACCACACCAAGAAGCCAAUUGCAGGCCAUUCGUUGGGAAUUUAUCAGCCGUUCGAUGGUCAAAAUCCGUUUGGUGGUUUAUAUCAUAGUCCAGUUGGCAGUCAUCAUCAUCAUCACCAUCAACCGAUCGGUGGACAUCACAACGCGUUCAUUGGUGACAUUAGGGGUGACAAGUUUUACUCAAACCUAAAUGGGUUUCAAAAGAUUUCUUCGUCCAAACCGUCGUCGCUGUUUCGGGGAGUGAAUUAUUUUCCACAAGAAGACGAUCAUACAAAGUAUACAGAAUCGGCAGACAGAAAUAAAAAAGAAACGGAAUAAACGUAUGCACAUAGCACCAAUAAAAUGGUCUUUGCACAAUGUUAUCAUUUACUAAAAUGCAAAUGUUUACUAUUAAAUAGAUAAGUAUCACUGUUAAACUCUUAAACGCAUUUUUGUUGUUUUGAUUAAUGUAUAUUUUAAUUUUAAUAGUAUUAUAUUAGAAGCAUAAUACAAUUAUGAUAUUAUUGUAUUAAUUCCUAAAAAUGUUAAAUAUUAUUUAAUCUUUCAUGGUUUUUUGAAAAAAUGAUUGUAGCGAAUAUUUAUAGUUCCUAUAUAUAAUAUUUAUAUUUGACGUUAUGUUUAUGAAAUAUAAAAUAUUUAUUUACCUAUUUA